UAGACAGCGAGAUGCUGUCCCUCCCGAGUGACCACAGCCUAGCUGCUGGGCGAGACGCACACCCGCGUUCCACUAGAUCUCAGGCACCAUCUCCGAUCUCAGUGUGCUUUCGGGGUCUCUGAGGUGACAUGCAAGCGGUUCAUAAGUUGGUGCUGGUGAAGGCACCUGUGGUCGAGACGCUCUUGGCGGGGAUGGCGGACGCAGCGAACAACCAGAGCACCUUCAACGUCUCGCACUUCACCUACCUGGAUGACAUCGAGGUGUUCGCGGACGGCACGCCCGAGCUCCGGUUUCUCAGCUCCAUCGUCUACUCUUUCGUGUGCGCCGUGGGCUUGGUGGGCAACAUCCUGGUCUUCUUCCUGAUGAGGUCGAGACAGAGGAAGAAGCAGUCGUCUGUCAACUUCUUCGUGCUGAACUUGGCCGUGACCGACUUCCAGUUCGUGCUGACGCUGCCCUUCUGGGCCGUGGAAAUAGCGCGCGACUACAGCUGGCCCUUCGGCCACGUCAUGUGCAAAGUGGUGCUCUCGGUGACGGUGAUGAACUCGUACGCGAGCGUCUUCUUCCUCACCGCCAUGAGCGUCACGCGCUACUGGGCCGUGGCCUCGGCGCUGCGGGACCGCACCAGGCGCGCGCGCUGCUCCGUCAAGCGCGUGAGCGCGCUGCUCUGGCUGCUCGCCACGGUGGCCACGGCGCCCACGGUGGCCUUCUCGACGCAGAAGAAAGUGUCCAACGAUACCCUGUGCCUCAUCAGCCUUCCCGACCAGCUGUCGCCGGGCUUGUACCACCUGCAGAGGAUCAUCGUGGGCUUCGUGAUACCGCUGCUCAUCGUGUGCGUGUGCUACCUGCUGCUCCUGCGGCUCGUGCGCCUCCGCAGCAUGAACAACAACCUGCCCAAGCGGCGCUCCAAGGUGACCAAGUCGGUCACCAUCGUGGUGCUCUCGUUCUUCCUCUGCUGGAUGCCCAACCACGCCAUCACCCUGUGGGGCGUGCUGGUCAGGAUGGACCUGGCCAACUUCGACCAAGCUUUCUACAUAUGCCACACGUACGUGUUCCCGGUGACUAUCUGCCUGGCAAACACCAACAGCUGCCUCAACCCGGUCCUGUACUGCCUCACGAGGAGAGAGUUCAGGAAAAUGCUAAAGGACUUGUUCUGGAGGUUCUCCUCUCCGGCCGCGGUCAACGGCUGCCGAGUCCGUCCGUUCUCAGGGACCACUAAAGGCGAGCAGGACGACAGCCACGCGGCCAUCCCGCUGAAUGUGAUCGACACUGAGCAGUGCAGGCUCUCCGGGCUUAACGGCCAGUGUGGAACGCCGAGGUAAAUGCGCAACGGUGCGUAAAAGCGCAAUGGGGACACCGGCGGAGCCCUGCGCGCAGGCUACUGCCAAACCGACUACCAAGGUUUUUUCGUCCUCUCUGUGGUUCGUACACACUUCAAAAAGAUCUUUAAAGGUUCUUCAAGGGUUUUUAGGUAAGCUGAUGGUUAUAUUUAGAACCACAAGGUCAAUGUAGAACCAUUUUAUACGAUACGAUAAACUUUGUCAGAAUCCUCUGUAAAUUGUCUCGCAUCACAACAGCUCCGCCUGUGGAAUAUAUGUGUGUGUGGGGGGUUUCUUUCACAGACAUUACCACCAGAUUUCACAAUGCUCCCUACUGCUCCUAAUACUGCAAAGUAAGUGUUACCAUGUGUACCCAUCUGAUCUUUUAAUUAGCAUUAAGCAUUAGCUUUGGAUGAGUAAUAAAAGAGUUCCUAAAGUCCUGACUUUGGUACUAUGAAACUUCAAAAUGUUGCGUUCAUGCUUCCAUGGCUCUUUGCAUGGUGAAAUGGUUCUUCAUAUUAGUAGAGAACGUGUUAUGGAUCUUUAUAGAACUUGUUUGAAGAUGGAAAAUGGAUGCGAUGUCAAGCUUGUAACCAUAGCAGAAUCUUUUGGGGUUAUAUAGACACAUUUGUUAUAUGUAUAGAGCCAUCUACAACACAUUCUGUAGAACCAGUUCACCCGUCACAAUUCCAAUGGUUAAGGAACCAUUAUUCAUGAAAUGGUUCCAUACAGAAGCCUCGCCUUUACCAUAGAACCCUUGAAGAGCUGUUCUUUUUCAGAGGUAUCUGAAAAGCACCAGUGCGUUAUGUACAAUCUGUUCCUCACCUGUAUUCAGCUACGCUACUGAAACCUCCAUCUGUGAAUAGGAAAUGUGCCCAGAUCGCGCGCACGACUCAAAGCCAUUGCAGUCAGCUGCAGCCAGUGCGGACGCAAUGCAUGACUGCUCUGUCUGCCUCUGUCGACAUAAGCUACCUGUAAAUAUGUUUGGAAAAGUUACUUAUUUAAUGUAAGAAAGACUCGCGAACGCAAACCAGUUCUGUUGUGCAGUGAAAUCUUCCCAGACACGAGCAGGAACUGGCAGCAGAGACUCUAUUACUUUUCUUUGGUAUGUUUUUACACAGUGUUGUAUUGGGCGAGUCUGUGGAAACCAGAUCUUCAGUGUUAUGUUUAAGCUUCAGAUACACGUCCUGGAUUUGUUUCGUAUGGUCUGUUUCUUUUCUUUUUGACCUUCUGCCCCGGAAAAUGCCCUAAGAUUAACACCUGUUACUGUAAAUGUAAUAAAAGUGUGUAAAUGUUCUCAGUAACUUGGUUUUGGCGCAAAGGAAAUGAAUGUACACACUGCGACUCUGAUGUUGAUUGUAAAGCGAGUAAUAAAGUCUUAUCUUCUCCA